AUGGCAACUCCUUACCCUCCCCAGUACGCGUACCCCGCUGCGGAAUCCGAAGCCUGGGGUGACGCUCAGCGGGGUUACGCGCAGAUGCAGAACGAGGGCUAUUACCAGCAACAGUACGCUGGCCAGGAAAGUUGGCAGACUGGCUACUACGGCCAAGACGGUCAAGCAGCGCAGAACUUUUCUCAGCCGGCCAUGGAGCAGGAGACUCUGAACCAAGAUCAGCUUCGCCAGCAGUAUGAGCAAAUGCAGCAAGAGUACGAGCAACAGUGUGCUCAGCAAGCGUGGAGCGAGCAGUCUGGCGAGGCCCCCGAAGAAAUGUCUCCCCUGUCCAACAGCGUGUAUCUGCCGCAGCCUGCAAUGUUUGGUCACAUGACAAAACCAAUUCCCCAAGCGCGUUUCCAUGCCGGUUACCACUACGCUCCGGGGAUCAGCGUCCACUACAAUUACUAUGAGGCCGCGGAAUACACGGCUCGGUUGGAGAAGGAUCGGCAGGAAGCCGCCGAGAAGCAAGACGAGAAAGAGGGAGAAAAGGGAGACAGAAAAGAGAGCACCGAGAAACAGGAAGAACAGGCUCUGAAGCCUCUGAUCACGUCCAAGCACAGACUCUCCUCGGGACAAGCCUAUGUGAACUAA